GAGGCAUCGGCGGGAGCAGCUGGGUGGCGGGAGGAGCCGUUGAGUGAAGACAUUGCAGCUCCAGCGUGCUCAAGAUGACAACGUCCCAAAAGCACCGAGACUUCGUGGCCGAGCCCAUGGGGGAGAAGCCCGUGGGGAGCCUGGCUGGCAUCGGCGAAGUCCUGGGCAAGAAGCUGGAGGAAAGGGGCUUUGACAAGGCCUUCGUGGUUCUCGGCCGGUUUCUGGUGCUGAAGAAGGAUGAAGACCUCUCCUGGGAGUGGCUGGAGGACACCCGCGGUGCCAAUGCCAAGCAGUCCCGGGACUGCUUCGGGUGCCUGCGCGAGUGGUGCGAGGCCUUCUUGUCAUGCUCUUGGGAGACUCGAGACUGGAACCCCCGGCCCCAGGGAACCCCCGGUCUCCGGGAGAUCCUGAAUGAUGAGGGUGGGAUCAGUGCUCUCCUCAGGCUUCGGCCCCUUCUUGAUGAUGCAACACAGAGCUGA